CGCAGUACGCGAAACACGUUCGACCGGGUCGGCGGUGGCGGACGACGCGAAAAUUUUCACGACACGUGCGACUUCGAGCCUACACGACGAGUACUAUAAUAAUAUACGUUAUGAGAUAUCAUAUACUAUCAUCGUUGUUAUAAUAAUAUAAUAUUUUUAUUACGCCCGUACGAUAUAACAGACAUUCGAUAGCACACGAAUUACUGUUAUAAUCUGGUUGCGUUCUCAAAGUAAAUAAUAUAUAUAUAUAUUAUACAUAGCGAUUUAUAUAUGUAUCGGUUUUCAUAACCGUCAACAGGAAUCGACGCGACGCUUUCGUUUUUUUUUUCACCGUCAUCGCGUGUUUUUUUCCGCCGUGAAAAUCUCGACCGAUUUUGUUUCAGUGCGAUUUAAAAAGUUUUUUUUUUUAACGCCAGCUUACGAAAUCCGUCUAUCCGGUCAAACUAUCGACGUUAUAAUAAUUAAUAAUAUAAUAUACAAACGGUAUAAUAAUUGCAAACGGUAUAUUAUAAAUAUUACCAAUAUUAUACACAGUCGAACCUGCGACGACCAGCUAAAACGAGAUUGGACCUCGUUUCAUAAUUUUGUCAUACAUUGAUGCCACACGCUUGUGACCACGACGCUACAGAAUGGAGGUUAUUCCUCUGAUAAGGAGUUCAGCCACCGGUUCGGAGGCGUCCAAAGGUGAUAACGGCAUCAAAAGACACGUCCAAGAAUGGUCGAGACUUGACAGGUUGACCGGAAUAUUGGAGCACGCCAGAGUCGAAGCGGACCAAUGGACCAAUCACACUGCCAACACUAAACACAAAUAUGGAAAGGUGGUAGACAGACGCGCCAGGAAUCUCGCAGACGGCAGUAAAGAAGAGACGCAACAGACCAAACAGCUAGAAGUGUUUCAAGCUCACACUGCCGGAUGCUCGGUACAAGUAAUCAGAUCUCAAACAAGUACCACCAGUUCGUGGCACAAUUCUAGUGCUGGUUCGAAUGCAUUCCAAUGGCCGUCUUCGAUAUUCGACAAAAAAGACAAUCAGUUUGAUCAAUUACGUUUGGAACACAGUCCUUUAGACGUGAGUUCACAAAAAAGUAAAGCAACCGUAGGUCGUAGUGGAUCAAUUAGCACUAGACGACCACCUACUCGUAGACCACAAACCGUUACAUCGCAAUUGCCGAAAAUAGAGAGUAUUGACUCCACCAACUCAAUGGAAACGUCAAGUAGCUUGAACGAAAGUAACGAAGAAUCUGUAUCAUCGAACUUAAACCGGCUAAAAAGUUGUUCUAACGACGAAAUACGCAGUGACAUCAACGAAUCGGAUGAGCCGCUAGAUCGAUCUUCCAGAUUUCGGAGGUCGUUGCAGUUUGCGCAAUCCAAAAACAUAGAUUCUAAUCACAAAAUCGCCGGUGAACUAGAAGACGUAUUGAAAAAGGUUCUGGGAAAAAAUUUGCAAGUGGUGGAUGGGGAUAUCGUAGACGAUUAUUCUUUGAUUAAACCCGUAUCGCUGAAGAAACCUACAUUCAUCACGGUUGAAAGCCUUAAGAAAACAAAAAACAACUUGAGACACUUGAACGAGGACAAGGAUAAGGAAGACGAUGGAAUAGAGACGGACGUGAAACCCACUGGAGACUCAAGAAGCUUAGACUAUAGGGGUUCGGCACUGACUCGCACCGAAGAGUGGUUUAACAGACGCAAAUCUUACGGAUUCGAGAAAGUGACAACAUCGGAUCACAGCGGCAAGUACGCAACAGAUCCAUCGGCAAUGGAUUCAUCGACAGACAGUGGUAUUUGCCGAUCGACCGAAAACGGACUAUCGAACUCUAGCAGGCAGUCAUCAGUCGAUCGUGAAUCUAUUGCCGAUCUAGUCAAAAAGUAUUCCAACAAGGAGAUCAACAACAACACUCAGGCGCAAGCGUACAACACGACCGUAGUCGCCAAAGGAAAGAUACUUGAAGCCAUUAAUAGCUUGAGGUCCAAAUCGAGUGCUUAUUUCGACGUUAUCAAACCUAGCGACACCAUUUCGGAGUCCACGGAGAAUGACGAGAGUGAAAAGGAACAGGUGUACACUAGACGACUGUCGGUUGGUAUGGAUAUGGCGACGGAUAAAAAUGUCGAUAGAGAUGAAGUACCAAAACGUCAUUCGAUAGCGGUAGUAAGCGAAGUAGCAGACAGAGAACCCAGCAUCGACAAGAAAAACGGCAACAAGAAAGUAGAAUUUUGCAGGACCGAAGUACACUUCGAUGCGACUCCGGGUAAGAUAAAUAUCGUGGACAUGGAAGACAAACCAGCCCCGGCUCAGCUGUAUCGACCGAAAAAGAGGUACAACCGUCCGCCCGAGAAGAGCAGCCACGGGCUUCCAGAAUAUCGGUUUGGAGACGACGUUCAAAAUGACGUCGUCUUGCAGAUCAAUGGAACUGGAAACCAAAACGGCGGAAUCAGCGGCAACGAUUGUCCGACGACGGAAGACGAGACCACAGACACGGGCAACGGCAUGCCAAAAAGCAUACUGAAACGGCAACAGAUGCAGCAACUGCAACAACAGCCGCAUCACCAACAACAGCCUCAUCACCAACAACAGCCUCAUCACCAACAACAGCCUCAUCACCAACAACAACAACAUCACCAACAACAGCAACAGCAGAACGCCACCGAUAAUUCCGGCGGCGUGGCGUCCGACAACGGCAUCGAAGUGAGGAUCUCCUCGACGGAAUCUACGCCCGUAGACUGUAGACGAGCGUCCUGGUCCGUGGCCGACAGGGUAAAACAGGUGGAGGCCGUAGGGUUCUCGACCCGAGUGAACUUCACCGAGGGAGAGACGACGGCCGUGGGCUUCGACCCGGCUGAUCCCAGGAAACAGCGGUACUCGUACAACGGGACCUCCUCGCCGGUUUGGUACCAGAACAACGGCAACAAUCCAUCGGCCACCUCAGAUACUUCGGCGAAGUGCCACGAGAAACUGUUGGUGCGCAUCGGUGGCGGUGCGUGCAACGCAACCGGCAAACCUAACGCACCGGCCGCCGCCGACCUGUGCGCGUUCUCCCGGUGCUUCAGCGACCAGACGGCGGGGCAUCACCUUCCGCUGUCGUCCGCAUCGCUGGUGAUGAACACCAAGUUCCGGACGACGGAACAGCCCAGCACGUACCUGGAAGAGAUGAACACCAAGAUGCUGGGCCGGUUCCAAAAGGCCACCAGCACGUCGUGGCCAAGGUGCGGCCACAAGACCUACCCGACGCCGGCCGCUAGAAAGCACAGCGUGCUGAAGAGCUGCGCGGACAUUAAGCGCGACCGGGCCACGAAAGGCAUGCCGGACGUCAUCGGCGCACUGGACGAUCUGAGCAAGAGCAUCGACGCGCAGAUCGGGGACCGCUCCGCCGACCGGCAUCACGUGACGCUGAUCAAAGUGUGCCAGCCGUGCGACGAAAUCCACGGCCGGCUGGAGUACGCCAAAGAUCUCAUGAGCACGGACGAGACUAGUGAGGAGAGUUUAAAGGCUGACGAAGAGGUGAGGUCGUACAUGGCCGCCGACUGCAUUAACGAAGACGACAGGCUACUGGAGUGCAAUAAUCUCAAAAAGCUCAUAUCUACUGUAAAAAAAAAUAUCAAACAAUCGCAAUGUUCUCAAGAUAAUCGUCUAAAAAAAAUGGACGUCAAAACGUACGAGUCGACAUUGGUGGUGCCAAAUGUCACUUCGGUUUUGUUGAACCACGAGAAACAGUUGGAACCCGAACGGUCUCAGUUCCAACCAGUGAGCGUGCAAACCUCGCAAGUGACACACGUUGUAAAACACCAGUUUGAAGACUCGCUCCAAAAACAGCCAAGCAAACGAGUGCCGGUGAAAAUCGUACAAGACAAUCGCAAGAGCAAGCCAAAAACGGAGGCGCCUGUUACCAAAAUGUGUGCCACCGUUUCUUUGAAACAGGUUCCUAUGACGGUGCAGCCGAAACCGGUGCAGUGUAACGAGAAUAAAAAAAAACCCACCGAAAAGAAGGAGUCGAUAUACGGCAACGUCGGGUACCGCGCCAACAGUCUCAGAGUCAAAGAUAAGCCGGCUGCGAGCAAACAGGCGCAGGACUUGUUCAGCACGGGCAGGGACAGCUGGCUGAACAUGCCCAAAGACCUGGGCCCCAAGCUCAACAAGUCCAAAGCGACCACUUACAAGUGUCGAGUCAGCCGGAAGGAGACUGUGGACUCUGAGGUGUCGGUGUUGGAAGAACUAAACCGUGCAGCGGACGAGAUACUGAAAGCCGUCAACGGGUACACCGACGACGAGUCGCAACUCCCCAACGACGCCGGCGACGACAGACCUAAGCCAAAACCCGAUCACUCGGAGGCGAAGCUCAAAAACAAAAAGAAAGCCGCUCGACUUUUACAGCGAGCCAACAGCAGGGAGGCACUGUUGCACCUGGACGAGGUCAGUUCGUCGGAUGAAGACGCAGCGGACGAAGUUCAGAGGGUCAAACCGAAAAUGCAAAGGAAAACAAAGACCCAGCCACAGGCCACCGCCAACAGUGUCGCUACUAAGACCACAGCGAGUUUUACGAAAAAAAUCCAAAGUCGUACACAGAACGUAACAAAAACUAACGUGCAACACAAAGUCCAUCCGACGUACUACGGAAACGUGUCGAGUUGUACGCAGACACCGAUAAAAUUCCGUAACAAGCCUUCGGAGACUUUGUCUAAACAAAUCGUCGUCGAUCAAAAGGACACCAAAGGGAGGUACCAGUGCAAGAUAACGACCAGAACUUUUAAUUCCAAGAAACUGAAAGGUUCAGUCGAGGAGAACAAAAACUCUAUCAAGGGAUGUUAAUUAUAAUAUUAGUUAUUAUUACAUUAAUAUGUUAGAAUAAGAAUUUUUUGUUAAACAAUUUAAACAAUUAUAAAUCUAACUUAACAAAAUAUUGAAAUAUUAUACUUUGACCAUUAAUGUUACGCGUAGACAUGUGGUCCUAACUAGAGAUAUUAAUUUAUAUAUCAGCAAUAAUUUUUGUUUGUAAAAAAAAAAAAUACUGAAAAAAAUUAGGUAAAAUAAAUUUACAUUAGUUUACUUGUUUUUUUAUAUAUAUAUUAUUAUAUUUACUCGUGUCUCUUUUAGUCUUUCAUCGUGAACUACUACUAUAUAUUCAACCUUAUAUUAUUGUCGAACAUCCGCUGACUUAAAAAUAAGGUUGUUACGCCUAAUAUGUUAAAAACAAAAGAAUAUAUUUAUGUAAACUUACUUAUGUAUAAAUUCAAAAUAAUAAUAAAUUGUGAUUUAUUAAUAAUAUUGUUUAUUUCUUAUUAACCAUGUAUUUAUUGAUUGAACUUUAAAUGUAAAAAUGAUUGAACAUUUGGCUAUUAAAACAGCUUGAUUCUUUAUAA